CAAGAAGCUGUUUUGUUGACAAAAACGAUGCAAUUAUCCCUUCUUGUUUCAGUCUCCUCUACUCUCCUUAUUGUCACUCUCCCUUUACCUGUUUGGCACUGAUGCCAAAUGCAUUUGGUAUGGAAUAGCUGUCCAUUCGGAAGACCACCCGCGAUACAGAGCCUAUGACGGACCUGGUCGGCCGCUCAACGAUACAGAUGCUUUCACAAUCUUGUCAAAGCUAUGUCCCAACUAUGCGUUAGCUCCGGACACACCACUUUGCUGUGAUAAGGAACAGCUGCAGUUUUUUCAGAACUCUUCUAAAGCUGCUUAUGAGUUACUUCGAAGAGCCUAUGACGGACCUGGUCGGCCGCUCAACGAUACAGAUGCUUUCACAAUCUUGUCAAAGCUAUGUCCCAACUAUGCGUUAGCUCCGGACACACCACUUUGCUGUGAUAAGGAACAGCUGCAGUUUUUUCAGAACUCUUCUAAAGCUGCUUAUGAGUUACUUCGAAGAUGUCCGGCAUGCUGGGCUAAUUUUCGUCUUCUCUUCUGUGCCAUGACUUGUGACCCGGAACAGGCCAACUUUCUCAACCCAACCAUCGUGCAAGAUCAUGUCGAAUCCAUAGCAUUCAACUUGACAAAGUCGGUCGCCGACCAGUUUUUCAAUAGUUGCAAG